AGGGGUAAUAUUAUUGAUAUUGUUAUUGGGAAUUUGGUUUUAUCGAUGGAAAUUAUUGAAAGAAGUACGGAGAAUAUUGUUGUCAUCUUCAUAUGUAAGUCAUAAUGUAAUAAUAAUUAUCCCUAAGACUUAAGUCAUAUAAAAACUGUAUAGAUUAUAGUAAACUUAUUCCAUUCUCUCAAUUAAUUCAGUAUAGAUGCAGGGUCAGCACAAAUUAAUGAAAACAGGUGUCAAAAUAGAGUCAUAAGUGAAUUUUAAGUAUUUUUCAUAUUACUGCGUUAAAAAAUUCAAAUUUAAAUAGGUUUUACUUACUUAUAUAAAAUAAUAACACUAAAUAAUUUAACUUUCCGUUAAAUCUUAUUUAUGUUAUUUAUUACUUAAAAAUUUUGCAAUUAUUUUAUAUCUUAUUUGUUUUUAUAUUUUAAUACUAAUAUUUUUCUAAGAAAUUCAUAAAUUGAUAUUUUCAAAUUUUAAUGUUUCAGAUUAGAAGACGAAUAAGCCGUCAUACUUGGAUUCCAAUUAAUCAACGUGAUUUAUAAACAAAUAGCAUAUAACUUAAGAUAAAUUUAAUUAUUACUAAAAGUUAGAUUUUAUUAUUAGAUCUUAAAAUGGUCUACAGAUUUAAGUAAAGCUGGAAUAUUUUAUAUUUUGUAUUUGAUUUAAUUGAUAUAAAAAAAUUCCUAUUAACACACUUUCCAUUCCCAAAAAUUUAACUCAUAAAUUCUAUUUAUAUAAAUACGGUGGAUUCCACUUAAUGUGGGCAAAUUAGGACCAGUUAUAUUUGCCUACAUUUAGCAGAAUUCAUUGUCAUAUAAAAGAUUACUCUUGAAUUAAAAAUUAUAUGCAUAUAAUAAGGUUCGCGUUGAUUUAUUUUCCAUAAUCUAUAGGUAUAUAUAUAAAUGAUAUUAGUAGAAAAAUUAUAAACCAUUGAUACUGUUCCAUUAUUUUUAAUUUAUAUUGAUUACAAAAUAAUAAGGGUAAUGCAAUUAAAAAAUAUAAUUUAAAAUAUUAUUAAUAAAUAAUAGUAAUUUAUCAAGUUUCUCCUAAAGUUAUGAUUACUGUCUAAUUUAUUGAUUCACAAAUAUUAAGUACAAAAAUAUAUGUAUAUUUUUUUUUUUUAUUAAAAACAAAUUGAUUUUAAGACAAUAUUAGUAACAGUUACAAUAGUAACAAUGGUAAAAAUAAACUCAAAAUCUUGACAAUUAACGAGCUAAGAUAAUAAUAAUAAUAAUAAUAAUAAUAAAUUGGUCCAUAAUGAAAUGCACGUUUUUUAUAUAUCAGGAUGUAAUAUUAGAAUGGAAUAUAUGUAUAAAAUAAUAAUAAUAAUGAUCACAAUUUGUUACUCCUAGUAAUACUAUAAAAUAUGUAGGAAUGAAAAAUGGUGUUUCAAUACAAGUAUAUUUAUAAUUAUAAUUAUAAUCAUUAAGAUGAUGAUGAGCUGCUAUUGUUUUAGUUAUCAAUAGUAUAAUGAUUAUCACUACGUUUGUUUAUCUGUGGACUUUGUACGCUUCCGACGUCUCUUCUUAUUUCCCGAUUGAUUAGACGGUUUUUUUUCAGAGGCUUCGUCUUCUUCGGCUAUAGGUUCUUCAAUUGGUAUAUCUGGCACUUCAGUUUCGGGAGUACUCAACUCGAGUGAUACUAUCUUCUCUUUUGUUGUCUCCACCUUAAUUAUAUACAAAAUUAAGCAAUGCUAACACAAGAAUUAACUAACUAGUAGGUAGGUACAACAUUGUUGAAAAAAAUGUCUACAAUUUAACCAAAAUGUAUAAUAUAGUGAACUAAUACUACUAUUAUUAUUAUCAGGUAAAUAUUUUAAUAUUCAUCAUUAUUAUUCUUUUCGAACAAAUAACUACUUACAUGCAAAAAUGUAUGUGUAUUGACUUGGUAAUAUUUGUAUUAUACUUUACUGUGUAGAAACAGAGAGAAAAGAUUUGAUAUAAAUUUGACUGGUAUUAAAAUGAUAAUUUCAUGCAGCAUGCGAUUGUAAAUUUUUAAAAAUCAUACGUUGUGUUUGGGAGAACAAUUAAUAAGUAGGUGCGAAAUUCAGAGAGGAGGUACUUGUUUGUACGAUAGUAGGUACCUCUUUCUCAAUGACUUUUUCAAUUAUUUCGACUGUCCUGACUUUCAGCUGACCGGACACGUGGUCAACAUACUGCUCUGUCCGUAGGGACACGCUCUCGCCGACGACUGUCUCGCGUUCCGACACCUUGGUUUGGACAGGGGACUCGCGCAGGCGUAGACGGGGAAAGUCUUCGCUGGUCGGCCGCAAGCACUAAUUAGCCGCCACCAAAGGCCAAUUAGUUUUUAUAUUAAUAUAAUGUAUAUUAUUGUUUAUGAGUUUAUUAUAUUAUAUCAACUUAUAUAAAUACAUGCUGAGUGGUAACAAUAUUGUUUAUUUGUGUUCUAACAAAAUAAAAUAUAAAUUAAUACAAUCAAUUAACAAACUAAAAAAAAACUAAUAGUAGUUAAUCGUACUUUAAGUUUAAACUUUUGAAAAAAAAAAUAAAAUAAAUAAAACAGCUGUUAAUAAUUAUUGCAUAAAAAUAAGUGUUAUAUUUAAAAAAAAAAAAAAAAAAAAAACAAUAAAAUUAUAGAUUAAGCCUCCUUUUCCCCCCAAUGGUUUAUGAUGCUCAGUGUUAGAAAAAAUUACAAAGCAAUGAUACAAGUUAAAUCAUUAAUUUUUUUUUUAAAUUUAAAUUAAAUUACCUCCACUGUUUUGUUUUCAAUGCAUUCUUUGGAUUGUGUGUUUGAUAAUUCUUCACCGUCAGCAUCACCAUCAUGUGUUGAUUUAUUUUCGGUUAUCUCGCUUAAUUCUUUUAUUACUAUUUGUGCUUGCAAUGCAUCCUAAUAAUAACAAUUUUUAUUUAAAAAUAUCUCUAAGCCUAUACAAAUAUUACCUGUUCUAAAGAUUUUAAUCGAGCUUGCCGCCAUGCAGCUUUCUUUUCAGCGUUAAGUGCACGUUGUUCAGAAGGGGAUAGUUCUUUAUCGUUUUUAUUUGAUAUGAUUCCCUUUUAUAAAAUAUGUACUAUGUAAAAAAACAACAAAUUUUUUUUUCUAAAUUAAAAUUUUACCUCUUGACUCAGUCUUUCUUUCAUUCUCUUCUCAGCUUUAGCAGUUCGUACACACAUAUUAGAAUUGACAUUUUUCGAAGUCUCAAUGCUCCUGAAAUAUUUAUUUUGUACUAUAUUAUAACAUAUUACUUUUAAUUAAUUUUCUUAAGAUAAACAUUAGUAGAUUGGCAUACUGUGUGUUUUCGAAAAUUAAUGCACCACUAUCAACACUAUCAUAUUCAUCAUCAUCAUCAUCAUCUUCAUCUUCUUCAAUAAAUUGAUCAUGUUGAAUUAACCUCUGCCUCAUUAAUGUACCCAUUUUCUGCUCUAGAACAUAUCAGCAAAAUUUAUAAACACAAUUUAAGGUUAGUUUAAUUUUAAAGAACUUAUUGAAUGAUGUUAAAGAAAACAUCUAGUAUCUAGAAAAGUUAUAAUCAGGUAGGUAUUAAAGGUGUGAUUCAGAAAACCACCAGCAACGAGUAGAAAUCUUAAUAUUGAACCAGAUAUGUAAGGAUUUAUUACAGUGAUGUGGUGACAGGCGCCUGAUUCAAGUUCACCUGUCCCUAAGGUAAUUUUACAUUUAUUAGUUCUUUUUUUCAUUAUAUAGAUCUGAGAUUUUUUUACCAUGCCGUUGGUACCAAAAACUAGUCACAAGAAAAUUGACUAAAAGACAAAAGUAAUAUCAUAAUAAGUAAGAAAAAGAAUACAUGUAGGUUAUAGUAAAGAAUGCCAAACAAGGCAAAUUUAAAUGUUAAUUAAUAAAUGUAAUUAUUAUUUCGGUUUAUUGAAGAUAUCGCGAUUAAAAAUACUAUUCAAAAAGCCUCAAAUAUAUCAAACAUUAAUAAAAUUAGGGGUAAUAUAAAGACUGGAAUCAGAGACACUACAGAAAACUGAUGAAAAACUUUAACUUUGGUUGAAAGAAAGGAUAAGUCUAGGAAAAUAAGAAACUAAAGAAGCCUAAAUCAGAGCCCAAAUAUUAGAGAAGAUUUUACCAAGAAGAAACUCAAGAGGAAUAUGGCGAGGCAAGACAUGUGUGGUGUAAAUAGGGAUCGUUGUUGAGAACAGGAGAAAAUACAUAUUUGAAACGCCUAGACCAGUGUGGUCCAACCUUUAGUAGUUGGCGGGCCAAUUUACACUUUCAUAAAAAUACUGAGGGCCACCAGAAGAAAAAAAAAUUAUAUUAUUACAUUACAGAUUAAGUUACUUAUAUUUAGAAUUAAUUGAUUAAUUAAUGUGAUUAGCAUUGUUUUUCAGAAGCCAAUUUUUCAAUAUCAAUUUAACACCCUGUGUUAGUAAUUAAAUACUCUUUUUUCAUCGUCAAAUUUACGUUUUUUCUUUUAGAAAUGGUAAAAAUAAAACAUUGUAUGGUAAUAACACGGACACAGUCACAUGGGCUCGACUGGUUAAUGAUUACUGAUUAGAUUUAGUUUAGAAAAAUAUUCACGAAUGUGAAUAGUAUUCACGCUGUUCAUCGCGUCUUAUCACGAUAUGAUCGACUCCCUGGAAUUCCCACUGUAUAACAAUGAAAUGUAAAAUUUAUACGAUCAUAUUACGAUUUUGUUAUAAUAUUAUUGUGAUUAUAAUUUUUAAUUAAUAAAAAAAAUUAUUAAUUUAAUUGUUGGGGGAGGGGGCGGGGGCAAAAAAAAAAAAAGGAUUCGAGGGCCGCGGGUUGAACCAUCCUGGCCUAGACUAUGAUAAGAAAAUAGAAAAAAUAAAGUCAGGGGUGGAAUAAUAGCAAGUAUAAUUAGAUUGGAAACCAAGAAAGAAAACAAAUUAAUUAUUAAAUACCUUCUUCUAGUUUCAUUUUUUCCACUUCAUCUUGACUUAGGUAGCUAAAUACUCUUUCUAUAACAUAAUAACCCAUAACAUAAUGUAGUUAAGUGUCAAUAUUUAAUAAAUGAAAUGCAAACUACUGACCAGGUUUUGGGCUUGGAUUAUGAUGUUCUUCCAUAGCUUUUUCAAAAAACUUCUUUUUAUCACUAACCGAGGCUUUUGGAUCAACAUUUUGCUAAAAAUGAUUUUAUAGAAAUUAUCCUACCUAUUUUACAUUAACUAAACAUUAUGCUUAUAUUAAACUACACUAAUUACAACUUUAAUAAAAUAUUCUACUAAAAGCUAAAGUUAUUGCUAUUAUUAUAAAUAUAAAAUCUAAUAAAAAAUGUCUACACAGUAUAAAGAAGAUCAUACCUCAAAGGCAUUAACUGCAUUGUAAUACGUCAAAAGCGACGGGGUAUCGUUAUAAAUUUCCAACCAGUGAGGAAUGGAUGGGUAUGUGGAAUAAUUUACGGGAGGUGGUUCUAGGGACUGUGUAGUUUCCAGGGACGAGCUACUUUCAACAUCUGUGAAGUCUGGAACACAAAACUGGUCGGCUGGCAACGUAUUCACUUUGGUAACAUAAGGCAUCAUUUCUACUUGAGUAAGUUUUGGUUGUUCCACAACAACUGUUCGCAGAGGUGGAGGAGUAAACAGGUUGGGGUUUUUAUAAGGAAAAUCUCGGAAAUGUAUGUGCUUUGAGGAUUUAGUUGUAGAGUUUUUUUUAGGUGGAGAUGGUUCAAGUGAAUACUGUUUAGAAAGAAAUGGUUCAGGUGGAGACUGUUUAUGUGAAUAACGUUUAGGUGAAGACGAUUGAGAUGGAUAUCGUUCAGGAGAUGAUUUAGGCUUAGAAUUUUUAGAUGAAGGUGGUUUAGAUGGAAAUGAUUUAUGUAUAGAUGAUUUUGAAGGGGAUAUGUUAGGCUGUUUCUGAAUAACUACCUGUUAAUGUUCAUGCAAAAAAUAAUAGCAAUGUUAAUGUAUUUUGGCUGCAUUAAUUUUUCAAUGUGGUGUAAAUAAAUAAUUCAUUGAAUCACAAUUACACCACCUGAAGUUAUAUCUUAAAUAACACAUGCAAGGUAGUAAUCAUAAACAUAAAAGAUCCAGUAGUAUGUGCUUAUUUUAUAGCUGAUAUAUUACUAUUUUAAAAGGUAUGAUAAUAUAUGCUAUAAAUUACACAAGAAAAAAAGAGAAUUUUAUUUAAAAUACAAUGUUAAAAUAGGUAUGUAUGGGCAGAUAUAUUUAUAGAUAAAUAUUUUGAGGGAGGAAAGAUAUAAUUUAAGCAAUAAUAAUAAAUAUAAAAACAAUUAAAGGAUUAACAAGUAUAAUAAUAUAUAAAUGUAAUCUGUUAAGAAAAUAAUUACAUUUAAAAUUAACUAAAUUAUUGUAAUAUAAUUUAAUGGUCCGCUCAAUAUCAUAAAAUUAAUAUUAUUAUAAAUUAUGUGAAUGGAAUUACUCACUUUGUAUUGGUUUAUUAAGUAUACCAUACAUACUUACAUCUUAUAACUAAAACCUUAAUAAUAUUAUAGGACAAAUUCUUAAGCCAGUAAUGCUUGAUGAAAUGUGAUCACAAAAUGUUUAAAAAUUAAGAAUGAGAAAAAAAAAAUACAGAGUAAAAUAUUUGGUAAUUUGUACAAAGUUAAACUAACUUAGACAUAUAAUGUUAAUAAUUAAUAAAAAAAAAAUGCCCCUGUAAAUUGUUUGCGAUGUUAUAAUCCAGUCGCAGAUUUAAUGACGCACUGAAAAUAACAAAUGCAAAUUUUAUAUUUAGAAAUCUUUGAAUGCUUUUUAUUAAACAAAUGAUAGUUUUCUCGAUCUUAAAUACAAUAAAUAAAAACAAAUUACUUAUUUAAAUGUCAUGAUAUACAUAAAUACAAUAAAUUUUAUGUUGUACUUUAAAAAAAAAGGUAUGUUCAUUUUUACAAAUGUAUUUACAUUUAAAUCUACAUAUCUACUAAAUAAUUUGUUUGUCAAUUGUUUACAUAAUAAAUUAAAUUAAUCGAGUAUAACAAAUACUUUCUCAUUAUAUGAAAAAAGUAUUGCAUUUUUAAAUACAAUAUACAUUUAAUUUUUAAUUAAGUCCAUAAUAAUGGAUCUUACUACCAGAUUUAAUAAUGCAAUGAUGAUUUAAUAUGUUGAAUAUUUUUAUGGAAAUAAAAGUAAAGAGAUAAUUUGAGUAAACACUUGAUAUUUUUACAUUUUUUAAUAAAAAGUUCCAAAUUACAUUAUUACAGUUCAGGAAUUUAUAAAUAGAAUACUGUAAAAGUAUAUAAGCUGGACACACUAUCAAGAAUAGGGCACAAAUCAUUAACAUAUUGCUAAACAAGAGAUUUCAAUAGAAACCCAUUAUGUAUUAUUGAUUUUUCAGACAAAAUAAAUUUAUUGCAUAUAAAGAUUAAAAAUUCUCAAAUCUGAGUUCUUUUUGCAUGCUUUACAUUUUUUUUUUUAUUGUCAUUGCAUUUUAUAAGAGCAUAAGUAUUUUAUAGAAAUGUGACAAACUGUUUGAAAAUCAAACUGAAAAUUUCAAAUAAUCGAAUCAAACCAAAUAUCCAAUAGUUCAGUUUGAAAAUCAUUCAAUACUGAUUGUGCGCGAUCACUUAUAUGAUGUUUUGUGGGACAGAGCGGCAUAGUUACGAAAAAAGAAAAAUUCUAUUUAGUGGAUCUCAUAAUCAUAAAUUACGGAGUCGAGUGGUUUGAGAACAUAGAUUUUUGACCUAACCUAAUCUAUCCUUUGUACUUUUUUAAUGUUAGAGUUCAAUAAAAUAUUUUAAAAGUUGGGUUAGGUUUGGUUCGACCUUCAAAAUCAGGGUAGUAUUUUAUAAAAUAUUUUUUACUAAACAAAAAACUGUUGCAGUAAAUUUGAGUAAAAAAAUUAUUUACAAAUUCAUAUGUAUAUGUACAAAGAAGUUAUGGUGCAUAAUUAAUAUCAAAUUUAUCACACAAGAUUUGUUUUGCUAUUGCAUUUGUAAACAUUACAUAUGUUUUGUGAUUUUCAAUAUUUCAAAUGGUAAAAACAAUUUAAACCUUUUUAGUUCUAAAUAUACAGAUAAUAAAAAUUUGAAUAUUCUUUUAUAGAAACAAUUUUUUUUCAGAAUCCUAUUUUAAGAUCGAGUCAAACGUAGAAAUACUGUGAUAAAAACCGUUCAAAAAUUAACAUAUGCAAAAAAUCAUGCAAAACAAUAAAAUAAAUAAGCAUUUUCACAAAUUUAUCUUAUUAAGAAACUUAAUUGGUUGCUUAUAAUUUAAAAAUGUAUUAAACAUAUGUUUAUAAAUUGUGUAAUACAAAUAUGUAUUUAUAAUAAAUAAAAAAAAAAAUUGAAUAUAAUAUACUAAAACUAUUACUCUUAAAUUGAAUUUUAUAAAAUUAUAUAAACUAUAUAAUCAUUAAAACAUAUUUGAUAUCAUUGAUUUAUAUAUUAUAAUCAAUGUUAGUGUCAUAUUGGUAAUUAUCUUAUGAAUUUAUAAAUAAAUAAGUUACAUAGACAUGGAAAAUACAUUGUAAUGGUAGUAUAUACCAAUUAAUUAAGAAUUUAAUUAAUCAUUAAACCUAGAAGUUAAUGAGAUUUUGGUAAUUUCUAAUAUUGUCAUUAAUUAUGAAUUCAUAUCAAGCAAGUUUAAAUUAAUAAAUUAGUAUAUUUGUUAUUUAUUUCACUUUAUAAUUUAUAAUAAUAUUCCUAAAUUGUAAAAUAUUUUAAGUAUAGUCAUUGUCUUAAGUGAAUGCACUUAGGGUAAGGAAGUUAUCCAGUUGAUAAUGGUAUCAUCCUUAAAUUUCAAAAUUUUAAUUGUAUUUUACAUUUUGUAGAUUAAAAGGCAUAUUGUUUUUGAUGAAGAAAAACAACAAACCACAAACAACCAUAGAGCAAAUAAUUAAUAAAAAAUGAAAUAUAUUAAAAUUAAAAAUAUAAUUAUUAAUUGGUAUACAGCAGCAGUGCUUUUAAAAAUAAAUAAUAAAAAGAUACAAUAAACAUAGUAUAUGCUUAUAUAAAAAUUAUUAACAAUAUUAAUUUAAUGUUUUUGAAAUAUUAGAAUAAAGUAAAACAGAUAGUCAUAUAAUAUAUUAAUUUGUAAAUAAAUAAAAAUAUAUAUUAUUUAUAAUCUUAUAUGCAUAAUCAGUUAUAGUCACAUUCUAUAUUGAUAUAAAAAUAUUUAGCAGCCAAAAUAAGCACAUGCUACGCAAUUAAAGUCAAAUUUAAAAGCGGUAUCUUCACACCACAAAAUAUAUCAAAGAAAACUACUAAAGCACAUGACAGCAUCAAGUGUCUUUCUAUUUUUUUUAGUUUAAAAAUUAAAACACUUACUUGAUCCACUUGAGGAGCUAAGGUAUGUUUACUCAUUACAAUAGUAGUAGUUUUUUGAAUAUCACCUGAUUUUGGGCCACCGGGUGAUUUAGGUUUUACAGAAUUUAAAUCUGAUGAAUUGAGCGUUAACAUUUCAGCUGCUCGUACUACAUCCAAAACCUAAAAUAAUAAAUACGGUCAAAUAUAAAUUAUAACAAUGAUUUAAUAAUAGUACUUUUUCUUGUGUAGACUUUUCUUUAACUUCAUCUAAUUCUAAAUUUUCCAAGUCUUCUUUCAGCAACUUUUCUUGAUUUUCCCAUUCAGCUAACUCUUUUUUUAUUUCCAUUUCUUGUUUAAAUACUUCUGAAUCCUCAUCAUCUCUAUCUAAACUAGAGACACUUUGAGAAAUAGAUCUACUAUCUCGCCUCAGUUUUCCUUCAUCCAUCAGUCGUUCUACUUGUGCCUUGUCAUAUCCUUUACAAACUAUCAUGUGUAUUUGUUGACCAGCAGUCCGUAAACAAUUUACAGCUUCUUGAUGGGUGACUCCCAAUAAAGAUACAUCAUUUACUUCUAAUAGACGCAUACCAACCUGAAGAUGGAAAUAAUAAGGCAUUUAAAAAAUUGGAUGAGUUAAAAGAAGAAGUGUGCAAAAAAAAUAGCAAGCUGAAGUUAUAAUUAUUCAUAGAAAAAUAACCUUUAAUCGUCCAUCCCUUUUAGCUGCUCCACCAGAGUUAAUUUUAGAUAUGAAUACACCUUCAUCAGUUUUAUCAAGUGGAUUUCCUCGAUGUCCACGAAGACCACCCUUGAUAUGCAUACCGAGUUUUUCAGUUGGUUCACGAACAAUAGUUAACUCCUAUUAGUUAAAAAAUUAUAAAUCUUUUAAUGCACAACUUUUUAUUGAGCUUUAAAAUAAAUAAAUGUAUUUAAUAGAGCUCUGCAAUGAUAUAAACAAUAUGAAAAAUGUUGAUAUUAAUAUUGUGUCUUUAAUUAUCAAUGAAAAUAUCAGGAUAUUUUUUAAAUUUUAAUUUAGCAGAUUUUUUUAAAAUUAAAUAAAUGAAAUAACUAAAAACUCUACAUUCUCACAUAUUUAUAAAAUAUUUGAAUUUAUUGUUUUUGAAAAAGUUCAAGUAAUUGUAAAUCCUAUCCUAAUGGAGGAGCACCAGGGUUUCCGCUCUAGUCAUUCUACAGUCUAAUGCAACACUGGUAUUUUGUAAUUACAAUUUUAAUGUCUUUGUUUCCUACUCUCAAGUGAUAUAUACUGACAUUCCAAAAGUAUUUGUUAUAGUUAAUGUUUUACAAAAUACAUGGCUUUAUUUCUGUGUUUCUCAAUAUUUUCUCAUUGUUGCUCUUUAUUUUUAUUAAUAGUGCAAAUUAUGCAUUAGUCAAACCAACUUACAGGCUUUCGCUAAUGCCAUAAAAUUAUUUAUUUAUUUUGCUUCAAUGAUAGUCACAAAUUACAAAAUAAUCGGUCUUUAAUUAUGGGCCAAUAAACUAGGACUGUCAUUUAAUAUUUUGAAAUGUCAUCAUAUGAGUUUUACUCAUUGUAGGAAUCCUAUCUAGUAUGAUUAUAACAUUUAUAGAUCAAAUAUCUCUUUGCUUCAUAAGUCUGUCACUGAUUUGAAUUUUAUGUUUAGUCUCACAUUGAAUCCUAAAUAAACUAUUAAAAGUGUUUUUUUUAUAGUAUGGGUCGAUACCAUUUUUUAUCGCUACCACAUAUUCGAAAUUAAAAAUCAUGAGUUUAUAUUAAAAUUACAUACAUAUAUUAGUUGAAAACCUGGCUUAUUAAUACUUUUUAGUAUUUUUCCUAUUCCUAUAUACAUUGAAAUUUAGUUAAACAUUUGAAAUGCCGCAAUUUCUAUAAUUUCCUUUAAAAUUUGAAUGCAUAUAAAAAGAUUUUCAUCAAAGUUUGAUUUUAAAACUCUUAUAUAUAUAAAAAAAAAAUACUACAUUAACCUUUUCAGGCUUGAAAUUAAUUUUUUUUUACUACGUUUUUUUACCAAGUUAUGAGUAUCCCCCAGGAAAGGGCAUUAGACGUUUACCAAGUAAAAAUAAUAUUAUUAGUAUUCAUUUUGGGGAAGAAUUUGAUUCGUACUUGUUGAUUAUUUUGUUAUCAUGGAGAAAAAAAAAUAUCAAAUAAUUAAAACCAUAUUUUCAGUACAUAUUUAUUGUCAAAAACAAUCAAAAAUAUCAUAUUAACAUUUUCAAAAGUGUUUUAUGGUAAAACUUAAACGUGAUAAGAGUUACGGUGUUAAUUUUACGAUUUUUGUAAACUACAUAAUCUAUGGAUGCACAAUAUGCACAUUUAAUAAUAUAAACCAAUUUUAAAUGAUAAAUAAUACUUAAAAAGAAUGUCCUUACAGGACAUCAGGUCUGAAAAGUUUAACUAAUUUUUUUUUUACCACUAAGAAUGACCUAUCAAAUUUUCAAUAAUUUCUGUCAAGUCUAACAAUUUAUCUACAGAGCACCUACCAAAUAAAAAUUAUAUAAAAAUCACAUAAAAUUAAAAUGUCUAUAAAAAGCUAAAAAAUAAUAAUAAAAAAAUUCAAUGUUAUUAAAAUUUGAUCACGUCUAGGAAAAGUAAGUAAAAAUUUUCUGUCAAAAUAUUUUAAUCUAAAUAACAAUGGAAAAACAAGAUUAAAAAUAAUAUAAGCAUUUUGUAAAAUUUUUUGUUCUUUUUAAUUAUUCUUCGGUUUACUCAAACAUUUAAAAACUGCAGACUACCAAAAAAACGACUUUCUUGGUCACCAACUAGAUUAAAAUUCAACAAAAAAAAACAGUAUUUUUUGGUUUUCCCAAUUAAUAUGAAAAAUACUUUAGAUAUCAAAAAUUACUUCUUCUAUCAGUGGCUGUGUGAAAUAACACAAUCAAACUCUUGUUAUUUUUUGAUUAGAGUAUUUUUUCUGGUAGAAAAAAUUAGUAUAACACCAUAAAACCGGUGAUGCCAUGGCAUACUGUAAAUAUUUGCCAAUUUACCUACGAUUUUCAUUCGGUUUUUAUUAUUUCAAAAACUCUUUGGAAAAUCAAAAUAUUACCUCCCCAAUGCACUAACAAGAGAAAAUUAACUUUCAUAAAAGGUUCUAUAGUCUAUACUUCGGAGCAAGUUUUCUGGAAGAAAAUUUGUUCACAGAUAUUAAAAAAAACACAUCAUAGUAAAACCAAUAAAUCACUCACUACGCUCCGAAUCUAAAAAUUACCUGAAAGUUUUCUGGUAGAGGAUCAUGUUGUACUGUUAGAGUUAUUUCCUCAGUUGGCUUCAAAAGAGUUAACACUGCAUCUUGAUGUGUCAUUUUUGUAACAUCUUCUUCAUUAACUUUUAGUAUACGGUCACCCAUACGAAGUUUCCCUGAACUUUCAGCAAUGCCAUUAUGAACAAUCUAUUUUAAAUAUUAUUAAAAUAAAAAUAAAAAUAAUUUUUUAAAAAUUAAAUAAGCCUUAUUAAGAUCAAAAUAUAUUUUCUUUUAUUUAAAUUUGAUACUAUUGCAGUACAAUGAAACUGACCCAAAUUUAAAAAGAUAUCCAAGGAUAAUAGGGUUGGGUGCAACAACUGUUAUAAGUAAUUUAAUGUAUAUUUUUAAACAUCAGAUAAACCAUUGCUAACGUAAAAAACUAUUCUGAACGGAGUGAGUUCAGUCGAUAGUGUUGAUUUAUAAUAUAGUAAAAUAAUUAAAUAAGAAUUAUAUGUUAUCUUCAAUAAUAUUUGUUUAAUGUGCCGAUUUUCCCCGUUUUUUCACAUUUACUGGGAACUUUUGAGAAAAUUGAAAAAAAAUUACCUUCUUUAAGUAUCUCCCCAGUGAAAUUUCCUUUUAGUAAAAUUCCUGUCAUAAUAAAUAGGAUUUGCUGGUAGAAAAGUAGUCCACAGAAAAAAAGAAAACCAUAAUAUUUUUAACUACUACCUUUUUUACAUUUUUCGGUUUUUCACAUUUAAUGAAAAAAUCGAAAAAUGAUCUCCCUAAAGUACCUUCCUACACCGAAAAAAAAAAUAAACAUCUUUGUAAAACAAUAAACUUUUUCGCUCCACUCAGAAUCUAAAAUAACCAAAUCAUUGAAACGAGCAAAAUUGUCCGAUAAGAUCGGUGACUGGAUGCCUAAAUAUGCAAAAAUAACAACAAAAAUGUUUGUAAAUUACAUCAGUGAAGUAUGAAAUAAAUUAAUCUCUCACUCAGAAUAUUCUAUGUCACUGAAAAUAAUAGGAAAAUGUUCAUAUUUCUAAACACUAGUUAUUAAUAUUUAAAUACUCUUAUAUAUAUUUACAUGAGAUAUGAAAAUGCCAUGUUGUUGUUGUCCAAAAGGUAUGCAUGGAUGAUCUGUUCCUCCAAUUAUACUGAAGCCCCAUGAACCGCCUUCUUUCACUAAAGUGACAUUCUAAUAAAUAAAUAAAAAAAUGUUCAAUUUAUCAAUUAAUUAUACAGAAGACAUGAUAUAAUAUAUAUAUAUUUUUAAAUAUUAAGUUUAAGUUAAACAAUUGCAAGGUUAUUCUAAAUUGACACACAAACAUUUGUUUAUAAUCUUAAUUUAAAAAUACAUCAUUUUGAGAUACACUACGUGAUUAUACCUACCUGUGUUCAUCCUUUACCGUGCUAGCAUGUUUAAAAUCAAAAUAAAUGGUAAAAAAUAUACAGGUCUUAUAAAUGUAAAAGGCUAGCUAAGCAGUGUUUUUCAAAACUUUGGCAGCACAAAAGUGAACAAUUUUAUACAAAACCAUGCAUUAAAAAUGGUAAAUAUAUUAAAUACAUUUAAAACGUAUAGUUAAAAAAAAAAUAUCUUAUCUCAGACUGUAUUGUAUUUUAAACAACAAAAUAAGAAAAAAUAAACUGAAAUGGUUUCAGCAUAUCAUGGGGAUAUAGAAAUCUGAAGCAGUAAGAAUUGUAAUGUAAAUAAACGUUAGAGGAAAGAGGUGAGAGAUCGGGUCAAGUAGAAGUUUAACAUGAGAGUCGCCAAAUAUAAAUAAUUGGGAUGAGGUAAAGGAGAAAAUAGUAUUGUAUUUUAAAUACCAGGUAAGAAAACAAACAUAUCAUCAAAUAUCAAUUGAUUCAUAAUUAAUGUUAAUAAAUAAAAUAAUUUAUUUGCUAUUAAAAUAAAUGGUUGGGGAAUACAUCACUAAUAUCAAUAUUAUACAAUUAUAAAAAAUUCAGAGCUAUUGAAUGAAAAAUAAUUCAGAUAUAAACAUAUAAAAUUAUAAAAAAUUACUUAAAUUUCAUCUGUUAGAAUGUAAUACAUAUAUAAAUGAAUUGAAUCUUGAUUUUCUCUAUGUAGAAGUUAAAACAAUUUUUUAAAAAAUUGAUUACUAAUUUAUUUAUAAAUAGUUAAUGAAAUCGAUAUCAUUGUCAAUUUUUAACACUUUGUUAAACAAAGUAUAAGUAAAAAUAAACUAUAAACCACAUGUAGAGAAUAUCUUCUUAGUUAAGAGGGUUGAAAGCGAUGAUUAUCUAUCUUUGUCGUAUGCAUGUCUAACAUAGGAAUUUAGACGGGUUUUAUUUUCAACAUACCUAUCGAUUGAUUUAGUGACUCGAUAAGAAUUCUGAAAACAGAUUUGAAUUUAGCAUCAAGUCUACUAAAAAUUGACUUUCCCACUUUUUUGUUAUUAUAACCCUCAAAUGCUAAAAAAAAAAAUAGUAUUUAAAAAUUAUUAAAGGCAUUUAAAAUCAAAAGUGGAAAAUUUGAUUACAAAAUACAAAUUUAAAUCUGUUUUCAGAAUUCUUAUUGUUUCAUUAGACCAAUCAGUACGUUAUAAAUUUACUACAUUGAAAAUUACAAACGAAUCCUCUAAGUGCCAACAAAACAAAAUUUUAUUUCGGAAAAGAUAUUAUAAUUGAAAUUAAUAGUAGAAAAAUAAAAAUAAAAAAUUAUGAAACUCAUUUUGCUGCAAAUUUGUCUGUUUUCCCUCAAUUAUAAUGAAAAAAUUACCUUCCAAAUGCAUUAAUUAAAUCUAAAAUGCUUAAAAACUUUCUGGUCAAAUUUUUAAUUGGAGUAAGAUUUGUGGUAAACAAAUUGUAUAGAUAAAAUAUAAGUAAAUUUAAUAUAUUCCAAGCUACAUUCAGUCUAGAAUUAUUUAAAUUCAAGCUACAAUUUUAACAAAGUUCAAUGAAAGAGUAAAAAAUGUCAGAAAUCCAAAAUCCAAAACAAAAUAAAAUUGAACAGUAUUAUAAUUAAAGGCUCAAUUAAAAACAUAAUUAUAAACAAUAAAUAUUUUGUCAUUAAUUUUAAUCUAAUAAUUGUUUUUAUUUAAAGAAUAUUGAGAAUCUGUUUUUUGAUACAAGAAAUUUGAGUAAUUGAGUAAUUUGAGUAAACUUUAUAUUGACACAUACUUUUACAUAACUUACACAAAUUAAAUUACUAAAAAAAAAUUAAAAAAACAAAGACAAGUUCAAUAGAUGUUUAUUUAAUUUUUUUACAGGUAUUAGAAUACUAUUUAUUAAAUACUAAAUUAAAUAAAAAUUAAAUUACUUUUUUGGUAACACAUAACUAGGGCCCAGAACUUGAUAACCUAAAAAAAUAUGAAAAAUGCAUAAUGCACAUUGUAAAAAUUGGAGAAAAUUAAAUUACAAACAAUUUACAGCCAAAUACAUAUUUUUACUAAUUUGCAAUAAGAUAUAUGAAUCAAUAGUGAUGGCCAACGUGGUGGUCACAUCUCCGUGCUAAACAUAAACAGGUAUUUGGUAUAUAUUAUUUUCUUUAUUAUCUAUGGAUUAAACAUAUCGUAUCUAUUUGUUCAAUAUUUUCGCCGAUUUUAAUAUUACAUUUUUCUUUUUUUACAUUUGAAUUUAAUAAAUUAAUUUAGCAUGCUUGUGUAAAACUAUAGUUCAAACUUUAAAUGUAUAAACAAAAAUAAUGCACAUAUACUUAUAAAUAGUAGAAAAUUGCAUUAAAAUAGCUAAAAAAAAAAUGACCUAUAAACCUAGAAUUGGCGAAAUAAUUAUUCAAAAUAAAAUUUGUACAAUUGAAUUCUACUUGACAUUAGUCAAAUUUCUAUCAAGACAAGCCUCAUAUAUAAGUAUUACAAAAAAAACAUGGCAAUGUAUCAAUUUCUGGGCCCAACACAUAACAAUUAUAAUGAAUAUAUUCAGUUUAACUCAAUUUUAUUUUAAAUUUAAAUAAUAUAAGUGUUAUAAAUUUGACAGUUCUUACUCAUAAUUUAAACCUAAGAAAUAUAUGUUAUUUUCAAAAAGUUAAUUUAAAUUGAAUAUAAGACAAAUAAAUACAUUCUUAAAAUAUAGAAUUUUGUUUCGAUGAAUUGAUGUUUAAAAUUAUAGUACAGAUGUUCUUUACAAUCUAUAUACUAACACAACAAAAAGUAGAAAAUUAUAUACAGAAUGCAAUAAUAAGCUAUUAGGCCUACACACCUCAAUUGGAUUAUAAAUUGUUAAAUAAUAAAUGUAUGUCAUGCUGUUUUAGUGAUAAAAUAAUAUACAAUAUUGUAUAAACUCAUGUUUGUGUGUCAAAACAAAAUAUAGGUAUAUUAUAAUAUACUGGAACGAUAUAUACAAGUAUUAAAAGCAUAGUAUGAAUUAUAUAAAAAAAGUAUUAUAUUUGUUUUGAAUUUGUUGUAAAACAAUAUUUUACUAUUUUAGUAAAGAAUUGCAUGCAAAGUUAUAAUUUUGUGAUAUCAUUUAAAGAAAUUAUUAAUGAUAUGAACACAAUAUAUAUUUAAGCCACACAUACAAAUUCACCCACAUUGCAUGCAUAUUUAUUCAUGCCUUAUUAAACUAAAGAGUAAUAGAAAGUAAAUUAAAAACACUACCACCAAAAAUAAUAUUUAAAAUAAUGGUAAAUGAUUAAUUAUUAAUUUACUUACCUCUAUAAUAACAGAUUCAGCCAAAUUGUUAUCUGUCACCCUAGUCACCACAGUUUCAGUAAAUGUACUUUUGGUUAUAGUUUCAGUGACACGACCUAAAGAGGUUGGGUUUUCAUUGAAUUCGAUUCCAUUCAAAUUGCUAGGCUUUUUGAUAGUCAGUGUAGUUACUACAGCUACUGGCUGUUCUUCAACUUGAUUUCUAUUAUUCUUUUGAAAACGUUGUGGAAUCAUAGCUUCAAAAUCUUCAUUUGUCAACGGCUUAGGCUAUUAUGAUAGCGAAACAAGGUACCCCAAUAAAUGUUUUAUUAGUUAAUAGUUAUUAAUUUAUAUUUAAAAACAUGUGCGAAAAAACCCAUAACAAAGAAGUUUGUGUGUCAAUUUUUAAUUAAGCUUCAACUUAAUCUGUGAUAAAUUAAUUUACUUGUACGCUUUCAGAAUCUGAACUUAUAGAUGAUGACUGAGAAACUAAUUUUCUUGGUGCAGGCUUUGGGGGAGUUUGCGGUGGUGCUGGAGGAGGAGUUUUUGGUGACAUGUAUGAACGAGAUUUAGUGGAUGCAAUACUGGGUGAAACAGAAUUGUAAGAGUCUGAAUCUGAAUAUCGCGUAUCUGCAAUUCGUUCACAUACAAGACGUACAAAGCGUUCCAAUCCAGUUAACAUUGAUACAGCUUGAUCAUGACGGGCACCAGCCACAUCAAUACCGUUUAUCUUUAAAAAUCAAAACAAAUAUUAAACGGUUAAUCAAAAUUAAACACAUAAAUAAUAAUAUUAUUUAAUUUAAACAAAUAUUUAUUAUUUCCAUACUGAUACAACUUGAUCUCCAACUUGUAGUUUUCCAUCCUUUUCUGCAGCACCACCUUCUGUAAUCCUUGAAAUGAAAAUUGCCUGAAAAAACAAUAAUACAUAUUAUUUAUAACUAUUAAUUAACAUAAUUUAUAUUCAUACAUAUAGUUAUUAUUUAUUUAUAUGUGUGGUAACAUAUAAAGUUAUAUAAUUAUAUAAUAACUAUAAUUUUUAAAACUUUGAAAUUAAUUUUACCUCAGUAUUGUCCUUAAAAGGAGUACAUCCUUUUCCACCAGCUAUACUAAACCCUAGACCAUUUUGAUCUCUAAUUAAUGUAGUAUACACAAUUUGUUUUUUUGGCGAUUCUAAUUCUUUUAAAGGCUCUGGGGUUUUUCGAUUCUUGAUUUAAAAAAAAAAAAUAUUUACUACAUAAACUGUUUUAUAUUCAAAAUCUAUAAACCAUAAAUAUUAGAAAAUUACCCUUUCUAGAGUAUGGCCAUUAGUAUGCUCAUAAUUAUUGUGUUGUGAAAUAACACUAGGUGCUCGACUAUUACUUAAACUAGAUGAUGCUGAUUCUCCUGGAAUGUGUAUAGCCCAGUCUUUAGGUUGUGGGUUAAUUUCUCUUAAUACUUGAAGUACCAGCACUGAUCCACAAGAGCGCAAAACCUCUACAGAUGUAUAAUGAUCAACAUCAACUAAUGAGUGACCAUUAGCUGUAAGAACUUUAUCUCCAACCUUUAAUUAUUAAUAAAUAUUUGAUUAAUAAAACAUAAUUUUUUUUAAAUUUAGUUUCAAAAAGAACAGGUUAUUACUCGAAGUCCGGCUAAUUCAGCGGGUCCAUCAGGCGUGAGACGCGAAACAAAAAUGCCUUCAUCAUUUCCCUUAAAAGGAGUGGAAUUUUGACCACCAGCAAUUGAUAGUCCUAAACCAGCAGAUGUUCUUUCAAUCCUAACUUCUAACAAUUCUUCUUUUCCUAUCAUUUCACCAUCUACAAAAAAAUAAAUAAAUAACAGUUAGUAUAAAAUACAUAUUAUUUAAUAUACUAAAAUUUGUAUAGAAUUUAUAUUUGACUUUGUUAACCAACCAUAUUUCUUAUAUAUUAAUAUUCUAACUCGUUUAGGAUAAGCUUUUUUUUUGCAAUUUGGUAAUUGUUUAGCAGAUGACAAAAAAAUUGAUUUCAUUAUGGAUGUUUAAAAUGAACUACGCCACAACAACUAUGUAAUAUUUACCUAGUGCAGUUUGCUCUAUUAAUGACUCAGGUGGAGUGGGAAAUAAUAUGGCGCUUUUAUCUUCAGAUAAGGAGUUUGACAUAUUUUCGUUUUCAUUACUAGCCAACUGUGCUUCCUAUAACAAUAUACAGAAUAAUAAAACAAAUACACUCAAGAAUAAUUGACUGCUAGUAUGAAAUGAUAACAAUGAUAACAAUAAUAUUUGUUUUAGAAAUAUGUAUUUAAUGUACAUACAUAUAUAUUUUUUUAAAACCAUACCUGUUGUUCAAUUAAAUUAGCAUCUAUAGUUAUUCGUUUGUUUUUUAAAUGAUGUGGUGUGUCUCUUCUAUGUAAUUUCAUUGGCCUAUUUUGAAUAUCAGCAUCAAAAUUUGAAGAUGGAUGAAAAAUAACAUUCUUUUCCUUGAAAAAGUAUUAAACAAAUUUAUAUAGUAAGACAAAUUCAAUUUAAUUGAUAAUUUUAAAAAGUAUAAUAUUAUAUACUUCAUAGUUAAUUUCUUCUUCAAGAACACUAUUUGUUUCUAUAAUUGAUUCUACUUCUUCUGAAUACUUGUCAUUUAUAACUUCAUUUCCAAUGCUUUUUUCCUAUUAAAUAAAAAACAUGUGAUAUUGGGUAUUGAUUUUUAUAUAACUAAAAUCAAACAUAUUUUUUCUUACAGCAGAGUCAUCUCCUUUCUGACUAUCAGUUAAACUACUUUCAUUACUCCUACUCUUACCAAAUAGCUUUGUUGCUUUGGCUUUUAGCUCUCUGGGAUGUGGUGUGUUGUGUCGUACAAAUGAUGUCUGAAAAUAAAAAUAACAACCAUAGAAUAAAUAGGAUAAUUAAUUACUAGAGAUGAACACUUUUUUUUAUAAAAAAAAAAAAAAAUAAUAGUAGGACAAGGUCAGCUACCAAUGAAUAGAAGUUAAUUGACCAAUAUAUAUUAUACUAUGCAUAACUUAGGUACUAAAUAGAACACUCCUAUAUAUCUUAAUAUUAUAUAUUUUACAUUUUUACAUACAAAUUACAUUUAAAUUUAAGUUUUAACCAUACGUGUAUAUUUAGUUGUUAAGCAGAUCCUUAAAAUUUAUUUACAGUUUAAUGUUAAGUAUACAGUAGUUAUAUAUUAUUUAGACAUUAAAUUAAAAAUUCUUAAAAUUAGUUGUUUAUUCCAUGUCUAUAAAUCUUAUAGAUCAUCUUUAUUAGUGUUAUAAUUUAUUUUCUGACGGGAACAAUUUAGAAUUAUUAUUAACUAUGCAAAGCAUAAAUAAAUAAGUAACUAAAUACUAAAAUUUUUUUGAAAACAUUUAAUAAUCCAUGAAACAGAUAGGUACUUUUGAGAUAUGGCUAUCUUAAAAUUGUAACUAAACAUAAAAUUAUCAUAAUUUUUUUUUGUAUAAUACAUACUUAGAAAUUUAAUGUUUUGUACCAUCAUAGGAAACUGAUUUAGUAAAAAGACUAAUAAAAACAAAACUAUUUCUUUAGAACACCAAGUAUUAUAUUAUAGGUGCAUUGUGCUCGGAUUACUGUUUUGAAUUACAAUAUUAAUUUAAAUUUAUUUCUAAAUAAAUACCGUAGAAAUUUGUGUGAUAUAUAUUUACAAGAUGAUGAAGUGUCAAACAACUUAAAUUAAGGAAUAAAAAAAUUAUUGUAAUCCAAUACAUAUCCUUAAGCAAUACUAUAAUUUGUUUUAGUUAACACUCAAAUGUCUAUACAUAUAAUUGUUUUGAUUGUUAACUUACAUUUGUAUUGGGUUCAGUCUUUAUGUCACCAGUAAACUGAACAGAUGUUGUUCUUGAAUUUGCCUUGUUUUCCCAUUCAUUUUCUUCUGUUUCACUGGCUGGCUCCUCAUCUGGUGGCGAGCACAACGUUUGGUCAUAGUCACCAGUGAUCAAGCCUACAAAGAAUGUGCAUGCCAUGCGCGCAGUUGUAGUAAGCAUAGAAUGUGCUUAGAUUAUCAUAUAGAUACAAGUACGUGUAGAUAGUAGUAAAAUAGGUAUUUUGAAAUUAUUAACAAAAAUUGUAUUGAUAAAUUUUGCAUCUAAAGAAAAUGUAUCAAAUAGAACUACGUGAGAGAUGGAUUAAAUAAGUAAAUACAAAUGCUCAAACUCUUUAAUGAAAUAUAGGUAUACAUUGUAUUCAUUUUAAGAGCUUUAAAUUUCGAAUUUACUGAUCUGUACACAUAUUACAAUUUUAUAAUUUUAUAAUAACAAGGUAUUAAUAAAAAAAAUAGUGAUAACAUUUGCAAUAUUUUGUUUCUAUAGUAUUAAUUUAAAAAAUUCGUGCAAAAUGUCAUUCUACUUUCUAUUGAGUUUUAAUUUGUUUUAAAUAUUAAUUAACCAUACCAUUUGUUUCUCCCCUAAUUUCAAGUUGUGGCAACAAAAAACAUGUAAGCACUUGUUCACCAGUUUUUUCAUCUUCAUCAGUUUGAAAAUUGAGCAUUGGUUGAGCCUGAUUUUUUGAUAGCCAAACUGCCUUUAAAUUUAGGCUGGCCAAUGAAAAUGGUAAAUAUUGUAAACUAAAAUGGAGAACACCAAAAAUCAACUUCAAGUAAUUUAAUUAAAAAUAUAUUAUUACUUGUUUCCAGAAACAUCUAAUACAUGCAAUUCAACACAAUUUCCAACUUCAUUCGGGAGAUAUUGCAAUUUAUUAUCUCUAAGGGAUAGAAUUCCCAAACGACAUAAAUUACCUAAAAUAAGAUAAAUAUGCUUGAACUAAUGAUUAUUUUUAAGAAGAAUUUAAAAUAAAAACAGGAUUCUAGUAAAUAAGUUUUACUUUAUAGUAAUACAAAUAGGCCAGUAAUAAUAAAUUAUAUACAUGGUGAUUAUUUAAUUGUUUAACACUUAAUAUGUUAAUAGUGGUUGAUUUUUCAUUUUUUUCUUUUUGAACACUAAGAAAUAAGUAGCUCUAAAAUAUUACAUUUCCAUUAUUUUUUGUGACCUUUACUUUUCGGAGUUACAACAACUACCUAUUUUUGAUUCUUAAGUAGGCUCCAGUAGUAAAAGUUCCACAAAUAUUAAUUUAAAUGUAUUUUGUUAACAUUUUUGAUUUUCGUCAAUGUGUUGACGAAAUAUUCCAUUUUAAAUUUGGGUAAGAGAAGAGUAAUUAUAGUCAUUUUGAACAUUAGAAUUCAAAACUAUGUAUUUUGCUUGUUUUGCACGAUUAUGUUCAAUUACAGAUGCGUUUGAAAAGUGCUCUCUCUUCACUACUUACCUUCUAUCCAAACUUAAAGUGGAUUAUCACAUCAACGGAUUGACAGAAAUAUAAACUUUACUCCAUAUAUUAAUAAAAACAUAAGUGGGUAGACAUUGUACCCUAAAAAAUGUAAUAUUAUAGAGUUACUUGUUUUUAAUUCCUUCAGUGACCAGACAAUUUUUUAAUGGUAAACCUACAGGCUGUUUUUUUUUUUUUUGAUUCCAUAUCCCCCCAAAUCUGUUUCUAAAAAAAAUAAUUAAAUAUACAAAUUAUUUACUUAGUAAUUAAAAAUUGUAUUGUUUUUGGUCAAUGAAUCAAAAAAUUAUAAGUUUAACAAUAUUAUUCAAAUUUAACCAAAUAAUUGUAAAACAAUACACUAAUAUUUGUCUAUAACUUCUUUGGAAUUUGUAAUAUAAAUCUAAAAAUAGUACUGUUUUAUUUGUUUCAAUGGACAUUAGUAUUCUUUUAAAAAAUGUUGAAAAAUAUAUCAUAUAUAUGAUUUUUUGUAUCACGAACCAGUAAUUAUCUAAGAGAUAUUUAAGUGAAUUUGAUUUGUUUUUUCUUAUCAUUAUGGAAUCGUUAAAGAUUUAUUUUAAAACCAUUUUUAAUUUUUUAAGCCUACUCCAAAUACCUUAAAUAAUUAAAUACUUUUGAUUUUCAAAUAGAACUUCCCUUUUGAACAUAGAUAUAAAUAGAGAAUAUUUUUCUAGUAAUUUUGAUAUGCAUAACACUAACACUAAUAUCGAUUUACUGUUAUUACUAAAAACUAGAUUUAUUUGUUUUCACAUAUCGUUAUUGAGUUUAUGCAGUCUUAUGAAAGUAAGAAAUGUUGAAGAUUCGUUCAAUUCUGAGUUCGUAGGAAAAAGAUUUUUUUUGCAUAUUUUAGAAUAUUUUGUAAAUUGUGAGAAAAAAUAUAAAUUUUAAUAAUAUGGUAUUUGGAAAAAUACAUUUUGAAGAUUUCCAUUUUUCUUUCUUUUUGAUAAAAAGGUUUAGUGUUUAGUACCUACCUAUUAUAAAUUACUGUUCACUAAACAUGAUGGUGGCUAAUCUGCAAUGCUGGCAAUUGUUUUUAUACUGAUAAUAAUAUCAACAUAUUUGUUUAUCAUUAAACAUUAUUAGAUAUUCAAAUGUCCAAAUAUUCUGUUUGCUCUUUUCCAAUCACGUGUUACAUGAUUUUUAAGUUUUUAAAAACAAAUUACCUAUAUUGUUAUAUUAUUUAUAUUAGAUUGUUACUCUUAUUUAACUGCAAUUAUAACCUAUUUUAAUAAUAAGUAUCACUAAUUAUAUAUGGAAUGUGAAAAAAAAAAAUUGCAUAAUAUAGCAUAUAUUGAUGUUCAUUGAUUAUUUUUCAAACUUUCAAGAGAAUAUAAGCAUCAUUUUUUAGGUGUUUUAAAAGAAUAUAAAUCCGGUCUUCAGUUAUAUCUCAUAAGCAGUAAAUCUAAUAUUAGUGUUAUACAUAUCAACAUUUCUAAAAAAAUAUUCUCUAUUCAAAUCUGUGUUCAAAUGAGGGGUUUCUAUUUAAAAAUCAUAAGUAUGCACUUAUUUAAGGUACAUGGAGUAGAGGUAAAAAUUAAUAAUGGUUUAAAAAUAAGACUUAAACACAAUUCCAUAAUGAUUAGAAAAAACAAAUUAAAUUCACUUAAAAUCAUCUAAGAUAAUUGCUCGUUCAUAAUAAAAAAAUUCAACCUGUAUACAUAAAAAAAAAGCAAUUGAAAAUUUUUAAAAUGAUUAGUAUUUAUUGAAAUUGAAUGUACAUUAUAUGUUUUAAGUUAACAGGAAUAUACUUAUAAAAUUAGUUUUACAUGCAAGUUUUAGAAUAUAUAUAUAUAAAUAUGGACUCUAAUUAUGAUAAAUUAAUACAUUUCAUAUGUUAUAUAAUAUUAUAAAAUGGUUUUUUAAAUGAAUAAUUUUGUUUUAUUGAUUUUCCAAGAUAGAAGGGCUUACUAUGUUGAUAUAAAAAUUAUAUUAAUCAUAAAGAAAUUUACCAAUAUCCAUUGGUAGACAAUGAAGACUGUUUCGAUCAACAUUAAGAUUAGUCAGGUUUACAAGUUUACCAAUUGUCACUGGUAGUUCAACCAGAAAAUUCUCUGUCAAUAUAAGUUCUUGAAGAUUUUCACAACUGUAAUUCAAAUUGUAUAUAAAUAUUACAAAGAAAAAACUUAGGUAAAAUAGAAGUUAAAACAUUCAAAUAGUUUAAACAAUACAGAAUUGUAUUAAUUGUUUAUCCAUGAUACCUAAUGAAUCAUUAGUAAUGAUAUAUUGCUAAAAGCUUAAAAUAAUAGUUGUUUUUAGUUUUAUGUUCAAAAUAAUUUUAGAUUUAGAUAAAUAAAUAAUAAUAGUAAUUACCAUCCAAUACGAUCAUUUAGCAUAGUUAAUCUAUUUUGAUCUACUUUUAAAAUCAUUAGGCGAGUAAGUUCACCUAUACCAUUCGGAAGAACUUCUAUUACAUUUUGAGAUAAAUGUAGAUCAGUUAAGUUUUCUAGACCACUAAUUUCUUCUGGAAUAUCUUCUAAACGAUUUUCAGAAACAUCUAAACAGGCUAACUGCUUAAGAUUUCCUAGUUCCUAGAUAUUAAAAUAUAAAUAUUAUUAUUUAUGAUUUAAAAAAAUUUAAAAAUGUAUAAGCAUAAAAUAUAAUUACUGCAGGUAAAUGCUGUAAAUGAUUAUGGUCUAGCCAAAGUUCUUGGAGAACUGGAAGAUUACCAAUAUGAUGGGGCUACAAAAAUUUUAACAAAAAUAAAAAUAUUAUUAUGCAAAAUAGAAUAAUUAAUAAAUUAAUGUAAAUAAUUACCAGAUGAUCUAUUUCAUUAUCACCCAAAUCUAAUCGUUCUAAACGUGUUAAUUGUGAUAAUGAUAAUGGUAAAGAUGUUAAAAGAUUCUCUCGUAGCUCUAGUGAUUUCAAAUUAGUUAGCCUUAAAAGUAAAAAUUAAAUAAAUAUUACAAAUUAUAGUAUUUACAAUUGUAUUAUCUAAAUGAUUCAAUGAAAUUUUUAAAAUAAAGUAAAUAUUAUAUUAUCAAAAUUUUUUUUUAAUAAUAGUUUAUCUAGUCUAGACAAUUUAAUUAACCUAAUAAUUUUUUUAAAUAGUAUUUUAAGUAGAAAUAACUUACAGGCCAAAAUCUGCAGGUAAAUUACUUAAUGACAUAUCAUUAAGUCCUAAAGUAGUGAGAUUAUGCAGUUGUGAGAAUCCAGAUGGUAAUCUAAACCAAUAAAAAAAAAACAAAACAAAAUAACAAUUGAUAGAAAAACAAGAGAACUUAAGAAGACCAUAAUUAAAAGUUUUAUUGAACUAUAACAAUUACUUAGGUAUAGGAUUACUACUAAAAUCUGCAACUUGUAGUAAUCUAAGACUUCUAAUUUCAUCUGGUAUAUCAGGUAUAUCUGUAAAAAAUAAAUAAAUGUAUUAUUGAUACACAGGUAAGUCAUUUCACAUAUUUUAUAAUGUAUUUUUUAUUUUGUUAAAGUUUUAAUUUGAUUAUAUAUAAUAUAAAUAUAUACAUAUAUAGUACAUAAUCUGAACAUGAAAAUUUAAUAAAAUUAAUUGGUUUACACCCAGAAAAUUAAUAUUUGAUCAAUUUUCCAUUUUUUUACAAACUUACAAUAUUUUUAGACCUUACAGCAGCAUAAGUAACUAGUAAUGUAUCUAAGAAUAAUUUUCAAAGAAGUAAAAAUAAGAAAUAGAAGUUAUUUUCUUUUACUGAUUAAAUUGUAUAAGUGGCUUCACAAAUGAAAACUUCUUGUGGCUCUGUAUAAUUUUUCAAGUUUGACAUUUUUCCAAUAGGUUUCCAUGGGAUAUUAUCGAAAAAGAGUGAAAAAUGAAAAAAUCCAAAAUCAAAUCAUGUAUCAAUUGUUUGGGUGGGUACUUAAUGAAAUAUUAUUAAAAACCCUUUUUAAUUAACUUUUUUUUCCUGUUAAUAAUUUAAUUGAAAAGUUUUUAAUUAUUUGAUAACAUAUAGAUAGACAAUUAUUUUAUAAGCAUAUUUAUUAAGUAGAUAUGGAAUUUUGAAAAAACAAAAUUAAAUGUCUUCACAAUUAAUAUUUGUUUUUACUUAAAGCCUAACAGAAUAUAAAUUUUAGUUUUUAAAGUUAACUAUAAUAUGUUAUUAUUAUAGCUGUUAUUUAAAACACCUCAAAAUUGGUCAUAUUUUUUUGGUACAAACAUUUCAAGGUUGAUAAUGAUGUAUUUCAAUAAUUUGCACAACAUUUUUUUAAAAAAAGACAAUUUUGAUACCAAACUCAAAACAAAUUUAAAACAAGUCAUACUCACAGUAUAUUAUGUUUAUACAAAAUGUUAACAUACUCAUAAAUCAUUACUCUUGAGUAUACGUUAAAAAAAUGUCAGGUCUAAUUAUAAAAAUAAAAUUAAUUUUAACAAAAACUGGAAUUGAAUAAAUGUUGCAGUCUGGGUUUUAUUUUUAGUUAGUAAAAAUACAAAGAAUUUUAAAAAAUGAAUUCUUAAUGAAUUUACUAGAACCAAAAAUAUUGCUACAGCUACAAUAACUCUUAAUAAGUUUUUGAUUUGAGUAGGUCUUUUGGUUGAAAAUUUGACCACCGAUAAAAAAAAUUAAAAAGACAAGUAUAAUUUGUACGACAGGUGCACCACUGUAAAAUGGUCACACAUCUGAGAAUGUCUCAUAAUGAACCUCUUGUUUAAUUUGAAUGCAUUUUAAGUUAAACGAUUUAUUUCAUAGAGUACCUACCGAAUAAAAAUUAUGUAAAAACUAGCAAAAAUAAAAUGUCUAUAAAUAGCUGAAAUAUUGCACUAUUGUUUACAACUUUUACCACGUCUAGAAAUGCAAAUAAAAGUUUUCUGUCCAAAUUUCAAGCUUCUACGAAUAUUUAUAAAUGAAUUACAACAAAAAACAAAAUUUAAAAUUAUAAAAGCAUAAUAUUCGUAUAUUUUCUUAAGUUUUUUCCACAUUAUUAUGAAAACCACUUGGAAAAUCAAAAAAUAAGGUUGUUUCAAUGAAACCUUUCACAUUUUUGAAAAUUAUUAAACUAAAAAUAUCAAUGUAUAUUUCGUAAUUUUUUUUGGUUUACAGGAUGUUUUUUAAUCCGGUGGUUUUUGGUACAGGUUAUUUUUUAAUCGGAUCAAAUGUUGUGGAUCAAUUGUAGCCGGAUAUUAUUUACCGGACUAAAUGACGUAGAACCAUGAACAAUAACCCCUAGAGUGUCUCUUACAGGAUAUUUUCUAAGCGACUCGGCAGGCAGCCUCUCGGCAUCACUGCUAGGAGACGUAAAGACGAUACAGCGGAUUCCCUCUUCCCGACCAUCGUGAACUGGCUUGACAUACCACUUGAUAUUUGCGAGAUAACAAAUGUUUCCUUCAUCUCUUAAGAAGCUGACCCAGUCGACCGAGGGUAUCCCGUUCUCACCACCAACGAGUUCAGAGCGGCAGUGACCAGGCUACCCAGGGAACAGGCCUCGAUCGUAAAAAAUAUACCUAGGUUAUCGCCGAAGACCUUCCACGGGACCUACCACCAUUGACUUGGUGAGUCUGUCUUCCCUACCAAAUGGGAACGAACCAGGUUGGUGCCUUUCCACAAGGGCCACGAAAAACAUUUGAACAACCCGUCCACCCGGUUUUACCCUCUGGGCAUGCUCGACAUUACAUGAAAGCUUCUGGAGAGGAUUCUCAUGCAAAGGCUCACCAAUCACCUUGACUGCACCGGAAGACUCAGUCCCAAUUCUGUUUGAGUUUCGCAAGGAAAGAUCUAUGGAGGACACUAUUAAUAAGGUUUUUGACCUGACCAAAUUAGCAAAUAACGGGCCCUAGCGUUGGCUGUUCGUACUCAUGGCUCUUGGAUGUGUAAAUAUAUUCAACACAGCUCCCUGGGAUCAUGUACUCUUCUUUCCGAAGCAGAGGUGUCCUUGAAUACCUUGUCAAGAUAUUUCGCUCCUACAUGGAGAAUCGCACCUUCUCGGUACGCUUGUCUGAUGGUUCCAGCUUUGUUAGAUCAGUAACCGUAGGCGUACCCCAGGGCUCGGUCCUUAGGCCGACACUAUGGAAAAUCUUAUACGAUAACAUUUUUAAUCUCGAUGUUUAGGUGGGAAUUCAGCUUAUCAGCUUCGUAGAAUCCUCGACUUUACCCAAAUUUCUGACGCUUUAUUGUUUGAUGUUGUGAACACCACGCUGAGGUCCAUCGACACCUGGAGAAACAUGGAUAUCAAUUAGCCCAUAAUAAGACCGAAGCUAUCAUGCUGACUGAAAAAUGGGCCUUUGUGACUCAUUGCUUACGGUUGAAAGUCAGGUGGUUCCCAUUAAAAGUAUUUGCGUUACCUAGGGCCCCAUCUAGACUCACAUCUCACUUUCAACGGCUAUCUCCGUAGGGUGUUUUUUUUAUUAAUAUUAUAACUCGUCGCCUGGAUUUCAGUUUUAUCAGUUAUCAUUGUUCUACUUGAGUAGAUAACAGUGAUUCAGGGUUAUCAAAUUACUUUGAUCGAUUCUGUAACGUUCCCGUGUUGGUCGUCUUGUAUGUCUCCGCAUCCACAAUCUACGAUCUCUUCAUGUUACCAUAGUACGAAGUUCUUUUUUGUUCUUCCUACUUCUACUCUUAGGCGGUUUAAGGUUUUCCAAUGCCCGUACUUCAGGUUCCCUCCCGGGAGAAGGUUCUCUGUUGCUCUUGUCCACAUUGGUUCGUCUGAUCUUCACCUAUCUUUCUACCUUAGUAAACGUUGGUCGGUUUCGAUUGUAAGAUCCCAACGGUGCUAUGAAAGAAACUGUGCCUGGACUUUAAUUUAUUAUUUAGCGGUAGGUCACGUUAAGGUUAAUCCGUGUAAGGGACACUUUUUAUCGGAAUUUUAUUUCUUUCUGCUUCAGCUAUUACUUGUUGUCUUAUUUUUAAUUUUUAUAAUUUGAGUUAAUAAUAUAUAAAAUACAAUAUUACUAUAAUUAUUACUUAUUUUAAUAGUAUUAUAAUUAACUAUAAAAACUUUAAAGGUAGUGUAUAUCAUAAUCAAUGAGAAAAUAAUUGAUAGUUGUGAAAAUAAUGUUCCACGUGAUCCAUGAUUCGAUUGCACUAAGCAAUUUUUCAGACAAUAUCAAUUGCUCGCUCUAGGUACAACAGUGCACACAUGGAAAACGCUAUUAGAAAGCCUAGGUAAUAAUAAUUAUUAUCUUAUCUAUUAGUUUAGUUUAUCCGAUAACCAUUAUCAUAUUAUAAAUUAUAAAUUCAUUAUAAAUUAUUUUGUGCAAAACUACUACAUGUUACAGAAUUAGUGAUAUAAAAUGCUUGAGCAUUUGAAUUUGUUAUUUGCUUAUUCAUAUUUCAAUAAAAAUGUAACUGCACAGUAAUCUACAAAAUAUGACGAUUGUAUGUAAAUAUCCAAACUCAACUAGUCUACAAUAUUAUUAAAUAGUAAUAAGAAUAAUAAGAUAAAUAAAAUAUUUUUAUCACAAUAACAUAAAUUACAAAAUGUAACUUGAUUGUACUAGUACUAGAUAUAAUCAAAUACAUGGGUAAUGUAUUUGUAGUUUAUUUGCUAUGGUAGGUAUACAUGUGCCCCAUGAAGAUAUACCAAUUAUAAUAUCUCCGAGGAUAAUAAAGAUAAUCAAGUUCCUUUUUUUUUUUUUUUAUAUUACUCACUGAAACAAGGACAAAUAUUUAUAUUUCCAUUAAUUUAUUAUUUUAGAAAAAUUUGAAGACAGCCAUUUUAUAGAGUUCAUUCAUCUGUAAAUUUUGAUGUAUCAAGUUUUUAUUUUUAUUAAAUUCGUGAUUUUGAAUCAUUUUUCAUUUUUUAUUUUUAAGUUCAAAGACUAAAGACACCUUAGAUUUGAUUUUUAAAACGAAAUAAUAAAUUUUAACAAAACUACAAUGGUAUAAUUUAAUCUUGUUAUAUAUAUAAAUGGUGUAGUUAUUUACAUUAAAUGAUAAAAACUAAUUUAUAAAAUAUUUAAAUUUGAUAUUAAACAAGUUGAUUUGUUUAAAUCAUGUUCUUUUAGUAUUAUAAUUGUUUUUAGGAUUUAAAUUCUUCAGAUUUGAUAUUUAAACCAAAAAAUAUGUAACAAGUAAUAUUUUUUAGUGAGCUAAUAUUAUUUUCAUAACCAAUUGAUGAAAGUAAAAUUUUAAAUCAAAGCUAUUUAAACAAGUGUAUGCUAUACUAUAUUAUAUGGAUACUAUUUUCGUCUAUUUAUAGAUUAAAACAUCGACUAGAAGCUGGUCAAUAUAAAUAAAUGGUAUAAUAUUUCGACACGAUGGUACUAAACUAUUAGACGAUGCAAAACAAUAAUAUUAUUUUAUUUUACAUUUUUAUUUGCCAACAACCUAUUAUUAUACAGGUAAAACAAGGUGAUUGACCCCAUGGCUGGAAUCUACUACAUGGUACAUAAUAACUAAAACCAGUUUUCAGUUACUGACAAGGAUGAGUGAAGUAUGCUGCUGGACAAAUACAGUCAAUUAAAGUUAUCAAUCAAAUGAAUAUAACACGCCCAAAGAAAUUGAUUGUUAUUAUUUAUAUGAUAUCUUUUCUUAAAUUUCUAACGUACAAAUUUAAAAAAAAAAUAAUAACAAUAAUAUUAUUACCUACAUAAGAGCCUAGAAAAUAAGUAAAACAUUUUUAAAAAUGGGCUGAUACUGCUAACGGGUGUGCUACUAUUUCAGGUGGCAGGUUAGAUUAUAUAUAAUUAUUUAAUUUAAAUUUGUACGUAAUGUUAAAUCAUUGUUAUUGAAGAACAAUUCUAAAUAUUAGUUAAGUUCUGAAAUGCCGUGAUUUUGGUAAUUCUCGUCAAAAUUUUAAAUUAAAACGAGCUUAUAAAAAUACUACUACAUAAGGCAAAACUUUUUUUUCUUUUUAACAUCAAGUACAACUAACGAUGAACCUCGCAUUAUAUUUUCAAGGAAUUAUACCAAGCCAAAAAAAUUGUAUUUACAUAAUACAUUUUGAAUGCCUAAAAAUGACCCAAAAUUUACUAGAAUCAUUGGAAAAUUUCAGGUCUACAACUAUUUUUAACUAAAAUGAUAACGAAAAUGUAUAGACAUACUUCUUCGCACAAUGGAUGAACCACUGUUGUAGGUGAGGUAGUUGGGAUAAGUAUAGAAGACAAUUUAAUGUAUAUCUGAAAAACUAUUCUAAACGGAGUUCAGUUAAAUUUGUUUUAAAAGGCCGUAAUAUUUACGAUUUUCGUCAAAAUUUGAUAUUAAAGUUCUUAUAAAAAUAUUACAUAAAACUUAACUUUUUCUUUUUGACCACUGAGUACAACUUAUAAAGAACCUUCUGUUUAAUUUUAGUGAAUUUCUGUUUCGUCAAACAAUUGUAUUCACAAAGUAUACAAAUGAUGAAAAAAACUCCCAAAAUUAAAAUCGUACACUUUAAAACUAGACUCCUUAUGUAUGUAUAUAUUAUAAUUAAUACCAAUACUAUGUGUAUAUUUUUAUUUUGUAAAUUUAACUUUUUUUCUAAUUUUUUAAAUUCUGAGUAGAACGAAGAAGCUUAUGGUUUCACAAUGAUGUUUAUUUUAUUAUUAUUUUUUUUUUUCAGUGAACAACUUUUCUACCAGAAAUAUUGCUCAGAUUUACAAGUGUAGUACUUUUUCUGAAAGCAAAUCUGAUUGGAGUGGUACUUAAGGAAAGUAGUUUUUUAAUUUUCUUAGGAGUUUUCUCAAUAUAUUAGAAAAACCGGGAAAAUGUACGAAUGUAUAGUAAAAUAUUACGGCUUUUUCUUUUCCUGUGGACAACUUUUCUAUGAGGAAUUUAGCUCCGAUUUAUCACUUUUUGUUAAAAGAAAAUUUGACUUUGUGGGUACUUUAAGGAAGUCGUUUUUUUAAUUUUUGAAGGAAUUUUCCAAAUAAAUGGGAAAAAUAUGAUAAAACCGGAAAAUAGGUACAAUAUUAAAGAAAAUGUUUAAUGCAUAUGUAAUUACUUUAUCAUUAUAUGACACAUACAUUGUUGACAAAGCAAUACUAUCAACUGAACUUCACUCAGAAUCAUUUUUGGUUAGCAAUGGUUAAUUGUUGCUUAAUACAUUAAAUUCUCAUCUGUAUCCUAUCUUUCCAACUUCCAACCUACAACAGUAUUUUCACCUGUCCCUAUUAUACUAGAACAGAUUUUCAUUCAUUGAGCUGCAAUAUUUACACAUAACACUAUAUACCCUAUCACCCAGUAUUUUAUGUACCUUAUGUUUUUUGAACAAGUUUACAGAACUUUUAUUUAAUUUUAAAUAUUUAGAUACGUGUUACUUAUGAUAAUUAUAUUAUAUCAUAAAAUUGUUAUGUUUGAGAUCACGUUUGUUUCUCUUUUUAUAAUUAAAUAUUUUAUGUAAAUUUAUAAACAUAAUUAAGUUGAGUGUCCUGGGUUUAGUUUACAAAAUUACAAGGGCAAAUGACCUGAAGCACUACAUGUUUAUGACUAGGAUGUAUGCAUGACUUCACAUGAGAAUGGUGGGAGGAAACAUUCUAAUCGUUUACAUACACGUCAACACAUGAAUGAAAUAAAAUAAAAAUAUUCAACGUACAUUUUGCAUUUUGUAUAACUGGAACUUUAUUUAUCAAUAGUAAAAAUCUGAAAUACUUUAACCUACUUUUAAUUUUUGAACACUAUUACAGAAUAAUAUUCAAGAAAUAUGUGUGAAUUAUAUACAGUACAAAAAUAAAUCCAGUAGAACUGGAGCUGUGAAGUAAAUUUUAUUUCUUUAGAUGUUGUUCACUUAAUUUACUUGCAUAAACUGAAUUAAGAAAACAGAGUCAACUUUUUAAAGUGAAAUAUAUUUUAUGUUUCAAGUAGAUGAUUUUUUGAUAAUCUAACUAUUUUUUCCAAGAUAGAUGAAAAAAUAAAUAAAUAAUAAAGUUAGUUAAAGCAAAUUGUAUUAUACACAUAAACUAUACUGAGAAUAACCAAUAUAGUCAUAUAGGUAAAACAAAAAAUUAUGUUUAAUAAAUUUUGUAUAGACAAGUAUAUACUAUGAUAGGUCAAGUUAAUUAAGUAAAUAAUGUGGUAAGGAAAAUAAUCAUUCGAAUGAUAGUUAAACUGUAAUUAGUCAUUUGUUGGAAUAACUAUUAGAAGUUAGUAAGUGGUAAGGAAAAUAAUCAUUCGAAUGAUAGUUAAACUGUAAUUAGUCAUUUGUUGGAAUAACUAUGUAUAAUAAGUAUUUAUUUGGCUAAAAUUUGUUUUGUAAAUUAGACUAAUUUUAUAGGUAAUUAUAAAUUAAAAUUCUAUUAAUUUUAUUACAUAAGUCACUGUUUUAAUUUUUAUAUAAAAAAAAAUUAUUAUGCAUAUUUGAAAUAGACUAAAUAUUAUUAUAAUGUUAUAUUAUAUUUAUAUUAAUAUUUUAUUACAACUAUUAUUAAAUAUGUACCAAACAAUUAACUUUGCCUAUAAUAAAAUAUAUUUAAUAUACUUACCAUUUCUUGAAACAUCUAAUUCAACUAAAUUUUCAAAAUACUGUAUUUCUGGUGGUAAACGAUGUAUUUCAUUGUCACUAAGACCAAGUUUUCGUAACCUUUGAAGUCUGAAGAAAUUCUAUAAAAAUAAAAAUAAUAAUAUUAAAAAAUAUCAUUGGUUAUAUACAUAUCUAUAUAUAGCACAUGAACAAUAGAUAUCUAAAAAACAAUGUAAUUUUCAACGGCUGAUAAUAAAAAUUAUGUAAAAACCCCGUAAACUUAAAAUGUCUAUAAAUAGCUUAAAAAUAACUACAAUGGUUUGAAAAUUAUACCACUUGAAUAAAAGGUAUAUAUAAGAUUAUUGUUAUAUAAAAGAUUUUGUCUCAAUGAACAUUUUACUUAAAGUAUCAUCCUGGGAACAUUUCCUUUCAGUAAAAGUGUUACACUUGAAAAUUGGAGCAAAAUUACAGGUAGAAAAGUUGUUUACAAAAAAAAAAAGACUAAUAGUUAAGAUUUUCAAAUAAUACUUUUACAGAAGAUACAGUAGAAAAGUACUUCUACUGACAUCUUACAUCAAAAUUAUUAAAAGUGCUUAUGCUCAUAUAGUUAAAAAUAUAUGUAAAUAUAUAUAUAUAUGUACCACUUGAUUUUGUUGAGAAUACAUAAAAGUUACAAAUAUUGUUUUCUUGAUUAGUCUUGAUAGAGAACAGUAGAUAACAGUAAUAUUAUAGAUGGACUACCUAUAGUUAGUAAUAUAAUUUUGAAUUUAGUUAUAAAUAACCUAACUAAAUAUAAUUAAUCAUAUAAUAUAGUGUCACAAAAAAUUAUCACAGUUCAUAUAACACAUAGGUUAACCUUUUAAGUUUUAUCACAGUAUAAAUAUAAAUAUAUUUUUUUUAACACAGUUUACCAUCUUCUAUCUGAGACUGACUCAACACCCACAAACUCCAAAGUUUUGGAGGUUCACUGAACCACCAAAACUAUAAUCAAGCAUGGCUACUUAUUUAACUCCUUUGUAGGUCUUUUUCUUAACAUAGGUAUAAACUUACUGUACACUUUUGUAUAGAUUGUUUAUUUCUAAUUAAAAAAGACAAAUAGUUAAGCGUAGUUAAGGUAAUAUUUUCUUAUUGUACACUAAUAACAAAAUAAUGUAAAUAAGACCUAUUGAUUCACUACAGAAUCAAUAGGUAAUUAAUUAAUACAUAUGUAUAGAUAUUAUAGUAUUAUAAUUAUUAGAUAUUAUGUAAGUAUCAUAGGUACAUAUAAUAGAAUAGUAAAGGUAAGUAAUGAUAUCUAAUUAUUAAAAAUAUGAAAUAAGAUACAUAAAAAUAAAUUGUUUGUCAUGCAAGGUCACUAAGUGACACAUAAGUCAUCAGUGAGAGUGAUGUAAUUCAUAGAAGACCUUGGUUUAAGACUGAACUGUUUAGCAUUAUGUUUAUCUGUUUUGUGUUAACUCUAAAUUGUUAUCUAUUGAAUAAAGUAUCAUAUUUUAAAACCAUUUAAUGUUCACCAAAAAAAUAGAUUAUUUGAAUUUGAAAAAGUAAAUAGUUUAUGUGGGACAUGAAACAAUUUAUAUUAGUUUCAGAAAAUAUAUGAAUAGUGCAUACUGCAUAUUAUAUUUACCAAGUAUUUACAAGUAUACCAUUAAUGUGGCAUAUAAAAGGAGGUGAGUGGUAUUCUGUAGUUGUCCACCAGAUAUUUCUUUAUCGACUGAGAAAUUUUAAGUUUAACUUAUGCAAAUAAAAUAAUAUUUCAAUAGGUAGUUAAAUAUUUGUUAAGGUUUAAGUUUGGAUUUCAAAUUAUAUUAUAAUAAUAAUGAUUUUACAGUUACUGGGUUCUAAUUUUGCACUAAUAAUGCAAAAAUUGAUUAUCAAUAUACAAAUUAUAAUCAAUAAAUUUAAUACAACUUAUUUUAUUCAUUCUAUUUUAUUACUAAAAUAAAGGAAUUCUGAACAGCUGUAUCAAAAUACUAGUGGGGGAUUUCAAUGCAAAAACAGGGAAAGAGGAAAUUUAGGUAAACAAUUGAACCAGAUAGCUUAAUAUGAAAUAAGUAACAAUAAUGAAAUCCAACUAAUCAACUUAUGCUUAGCAAAAGGCCUUACCCUAAAUAGUACAUACUUCCUACAGAAAAAUAUUUAUAGACAAACAUAGACAGCACCCAAUGGAAUAACAAAAAAACCAGAUUGAUCACAUAAUGAUACAGGGUAUACAUAAAGAUUGCAAAAAUGUGUUAGGUGCUAUAGAUGAAGUUGCAAAGAUAGAUUGGUCUAUGGAUAGAAAAAAGUAAAGCUUACUAGUGGCAGCACAAGUUUUCAAUGGAUUUUUAAACUGUUAAUAAUGAUGAUUAUAAUAUUCUUGAAGUUAAAUAUUUCUAUACUACAUUAGUAACUUUAAAAAGUGUUAAAACAUAAUAGGUACAUGCAUAGUUAUUAGUUAUAGUAGGUAGUGGUUACCCACCAAAUAUUUAAAUUAAUUUGUUGAAAAGACAUUUGGUGAUAAAACAAAGAAUAGCAACAAACAUUUCCUAAACUCAUACAGGCUAUACAGUUUUGGUUUAAAAAUUGUAUAAUACAUUUUUUGUUUUUUAAAAAAAAAUGUAAUUGAAUAUUAAUUAUUACAAACAAACUUAGGUAUUUGUUAAAAAAUUGUAUGCAUUUUAUGCAAUAACUUAGAGCAACAUUAAAAUUUUUUUUUAAAAUAUUACACAAAUUUACCUAAUUUAAGGCGAAGUAUAAUUUGAAGUAACGACGCCAUUUUUUUUUUUUAAAAAGUAUACAAUAAUUAUCAGUAAUAACGUGUAGACCAUGAUCUAAAAAUAAUCAAAGUUACCCUUAACUACAGUAAUUAGUAUUUUAAUCAUUUCGACAAAUAUGAAACUGAUAAAAACUUUUUUGAUUCAGUUUUUAAUAAAUUAAACCAUUCAAAAUACAUAGAAUAUUUGAGUAAUUAGGUAUUUGUAAUUGCAUUAGGUCGACAGAAAGUGUAAAAUCCAGUCAAAUAUUACAAAUUAUAAACGAGACUUUAGUGGAUUGUCAAAUCUCAAAUGUGCACAGAGACAACAGGUGAGUAGAGAGUUACCAUGGUACAUCAUAGCUUUAAUAGGAGAAAAUCUGGAAGAAGUUAACAAUAGACUCAAGAAAUGGAAAAUAUUAUUUGGAAGAAAAGGAUUAUAGAUACAUAGUAGUAAAACAGAGUAUAUAGCGUAUGAGUUUAGAGGAACAGGACAAGACAGCUAACGAUAAUAUGUAGUGAUGUAAUAGACAAGAUUGGGAGUUUUAAGUACCUAGUUCUUUUUAUACAAAAGAAAGAAGGUUAUCAUGAAGAUGUGAAACAUAAAGUUUGAUAAAGUGGAGAAAAGUGUCAUAUGUGACAAAAGAUUUCCAUUGAGACUUGAAUGAGACUUAAAGGUAAGUUUUAUAAAAUUGUGGCAAGACCGACUAUGUUGUAUGGUUCAAAGUAUUGGGUAGUAGACAGAAAAUAGAACAGAGAAUGAGUAUAAUUAGGUAGAUGAGUCGAGAGAAAAAAAGGAGAUAGGAUAAGGAAAGUGUACUUAAGAGGUAAAUUAGGUAUGGUAUCAAUAAUAGACAAAAUGAGAGAAAAUAGAUUAAGAUAGUUUGGGUAUGUCAUACAAAGAGAGGAAUUUGAAGCAGUUAGAAUUGGAAUGAAAAUAAACAUGGGAGGAAAAAAGUGGUGAGGAAGACUGAAAAAGAGAUGGUGGAACGUGAUUAAGAAUGCUAUGAGCACAGCUCACAGGUAUAUAAAAUUGGUUAAGUUAUUUUAUAUAUCUACCAGAGUAUGUACAAGGUGGGAGAUCAGAUUAAGUGGAAGUUUAGGACCGGGGUGUUCAAAUAGUUGGAAUGAAGGCAAAGGAGAAGCAGAAAAUAAUAAACAAAAAAAAACAGAUAGGUAAAUAUUAAUAAAUACAAACAGAUAUAGAUAUAAAAGUGAUAAAUGAUUUAAUAACUAAACCAAGAGUUGAUAGAAUUAUCAUUAAAUUGUAUAAUGCCAUAACAUAAGUAAAGUGUACAGGAAAUAAAUCAGAAGUUACUUUAGAUAUUAUGUAAGUAAAAGAUUUUACUGUUAUAUCUAAGUGACACUAUUAUUAUGUGUUUUAAACAUAAUUUAAUUGUGUUUACUACAUUUCCAAGUUCAACAUUUAACUUAAUCCAAACUUUUUAAUGUGUACAAUUUUUUGCAAGUUUUGAAAUUAAAAACAUGUUUUUCUCAGAUUGACAAAAAAAUGAUUUUUACACAUUUUUCUUUGUAGCCUAUCUUUAAAAUAACACUGUUAUUACCUGCCUAUAGAAUAAAAUGCUUAUAGGUACUUAGGUACAUAGUUACAUAAUAGAUAAUAUUUAACUACCUAGUCUAAAGCUUUAAUAGAAUAUUUUUUGGGAUAUUAAACAAAAUUACCUAUUUAAGGUAGAUUUUAUAAAUAUUUUUAUCUUACUAUUCAUUAUUUUUACAAUAUAAUGACUAUAAAACCAUGGGUUGUAUUCAUUUGUUAUACAGGAUGAUCAAUUUAUCGUAAGACACUCAUUAAAUCAGAAAGCUCUACAAUUUUACAUUUAUUUUUGUCACCCUUAUUUUUGGGGGUAAAGGGACUACCUACUUUUAAUUUUUAAAUGGCAGCCUAUAUUAAAAAUUUCAUUUGAAAUUUUUGAUUUUUGUUGAUGAGAUGUUCCACUUUUAAGUAUGGAUCGGGGGAGCGUCAUUUGAGUGGUGGCAAGGCGUGCGUAGAUAUCAAAAUACAUCACUACUCUCCCCCAAUUCAAACUCAAAAGUAUUUCCAACACCAAAAUUUAUUUUAACUAAUCUAUUUAUCUAUUUAUGCAAUUUUUAAUAUUGGUUGCCAUUUGAAAAUCAAAAGUAGGUAGCUGUUUUACUCCCAAAAAUAACAUAAAUGUAAAAUUUUAAAGUUGCUUGUUUCUAAAACUCGAAUUCCUAAAAAAAUUAAUACAUUUUGAGAUAAUGAGUGUCUUACGAUAAAUUGAUCACUCUGUGUAGGCCUAUAUAUGUAUGUAUAUAUUUAAGUAGGCAGGUACUAUCAGGAUGGCAAGUAAGUAGUAUUCUGGCAGCUAUUCUUAUAUAUGUAGGUACAUCAGAAUACCAACUAAUCUAUUUUGCUUGUAAGAAGUUUAUAAGUGGAAAGCAAGUAGAACAGUAUUUGCAUAAAUUUAGAAAUAUCAUCGUUUGACAAUUUUAAUACAAAAUAUUUUAUUUGUAGAAAUACUUAAGUAGGUAAUACAGAUAUAUAUAUAUAUAUAUAUUGCCUAUUAUUUAUUCAUUAUAUACAAAAGAAAAUGAUUUUAAAAACAAUUUGAUAGGUAAAUACAUUUGCCUAGGUAAAAGAAACAUUUUACAAUGGAAACAAAUAUAACAGAUUAUAUGGACCAUGGCAUAAAUGUUGAUUAAUGUUGUUUGUUUUUUUUAUUCUAAAAUAUUUAAAGAAUAUAGCUAUUAGUAAUGACUAGUUAAGUAGGUACCUAUAUCAAUUAUAAUAUAAAUAUUUUAUAUGAUAAUAAAAAGUUCUGAGAAGAGAGACAAAAUCAAAGCAACACCCCUACAUUUUUAAGAAGAAAUCAGAUUCCUACACAUGUUUUACUUUCAGACAUCAGGGUGGGAUUCUUGGAAUUUGAUUAAAAAUGAGGCUAUUGACAAGAGGGUUUGAGUGAGCGGUGAAUUUUUGGUUGGUGAGAGUUGAAAUUUUUUUAAUAUCAUAUUGUAUAUAUUAUAGUGUCGAGUUAUUUGUAACACACCUACCAAGGGGCUGCUGUAAUUUACCAGACACAUUAAUCGACAUUUUAUUAUGGUUUAGACGAGGCACACUUAAUUUACUCGAAUGGGUAAAUUAAUAAAGACAAUUUAACUUAGGAAUUUACAAGUUAUAGAAGAGGAUAAGACAAUAUUUAAAUUGGAGUUAUAAAUAAUACAUGAGAUACUAUGCAAGUAAAAAAAUUAAAAUAUGAAAAUAAAGAUAAUACAGGCUAAAUGGUAAAAACUUUCAAAUAAUUUGAAUGAUAUUAUACAAUAUGUAUUGUUAAUUGAUAUUCACGGUGAAUACCGAUUAUGGAAAUAAUAGAUAGGUACAUAUUAUGAGUCACACAAUACCUUGGGCAAUUCACGUAGGUGAUUGGCAUCCAACAGUAGUUCUUCGAGGCUUCUGGCAUACCUAAGUAUUUCUUCAGGUACCGAAUUCAACGAGCUGUGCCGCUUGUCCACACACUCCACCUGCCUGUUGCAGCCCUUGAAUAUCGGUAUGCAACGAAACAUGACACCGGUCAGUCAGUAGGUGAUGUCAUAAUACUAGUGUCAAUAUUAUUCGAGCAACGAUUUGCCAGCACGGAUCGACAACGUAUCGGAAUAAAUGGUAAAGACGCGAUUUAGAUUAACGGAAGUCCAUCAGCCCGGAAUAAUUGGGGAUAAACGAGAUAUUAUCAAAACAAACAAGUUACGACUUCACGGGCCUAUGAAUCCAUCGAAUUCAGAAACACCAGAGUAAAAUAAAAUUAAUAUUAUUCAGUAAAAUAACAGAAAUAUGAAAACAGUAAAGCGGACAGACCAAAUAAUAUGAAACAAUAACAACGUGUACCAACGGCGGCGGCAGCGGUUUGAUUACACAGUCACGGCAACGAGCUCAGUCGUCCGGUAGUAACGGUGUACGCACAGAAGAAACAUUUGCGGGGGCGACGAUGACGCCUAUUGCACACUCAAUCGGUACGAUAACGAAUAAUAUUAAGCGCGGACGUCGUGAUGACGAAGUAUUGGCACUGAAUGCGCGCGGACAAUCGGAUUUAAUGCAUACUACGACUGCACCGUAGUCGAUGUCACGGUACUACGGUACACAACACCAGUACGGCAGUACAUCACGAUUUUCUGCCGACACCACUCCCACUACCACGCAAAACCAAUGACGACGACGACAACAAUAACGAGAGCACAACAGCUGCCAACGGUACUGCCGCCGGUCGCAGUUCACAGUUCCGACGCCGUUCCCACCCGUCAUCAACGUAUUCUCACGAUCCGCAUUCCACAACACAUUCCGGAGCGUACAAUAGAAAUUUUUUUCUACGGACUCGCGGUAAUGCGGUGCGGCCGGCAUACGGAACGAUAAAUAUGAAAUGAUCGGUCGCGCCCGUCUUUGCCUGUCGUGAACUACGUUCCAGUUUAACCAACCGCCGUGGACACCGUUAUCAAUGAAAAAAACCACGUAGAUUAGAUAACAAAUUGUUUUGAAAAUAUCGUCGAAUUCUAUCUCCUAAGACUAAAUACUAAUUCCUAAUUGUAUUGCCUGUCAGGGGUCAGCCGAACUCUAGUUUCCGGUUUUCACUUUAAGAUUGCGUCGUUUUGACAUGGUACGAGCGGUCUAAAGGUACUUCGCCGGAAUCUGGUAUCAAAGAUUUCGCGACGAAAUGGCUGAAGACGUCGGUUCCCCGAUACUGAGCUACGGUGACAUAGCCAAAAAACUGCUCAACGACCGUCUUCUGCUCACCGCCCUUGAACUUCACUAUGAAUUAAUCGAGGCCGGAAAAGAACUACCAGGACUUCGUGUGUUCUUUUCCAACCCGAGUAAUUUCGAACACUCGUCUCCCCAGAAUGAUAACAUCAGUAUAACUUUGAGUAUGG